AUGAGUGCUCUAGAACAGAAGAUUCUCGGGGACAUCGUAGACUCCCUCCUGGACUCUUGCUCUGAGCUCGACAGUACCGUCUCAGCUGCCUCGAUGCUCACCCAUGACGCCGUUUAUGUCUUACCUCGCACUUGUGACCCUACGUUCCCGGAUGGCGCCGCUAGGUUGGGUUACCGCUUCACUGUCAAAGCGACCAGCACCGCUGUACGAAGGAUCCUAAACAUGCCUGGAUACCUUCGAGUUCCAGUCCUCGAUACCUUUGCCGACCUGAAGAUGGCAAGGUUUCACUCUGCCGCACUUGUGCGGCAAGAGCAGGUCCUCGUGAUGUGGUCCGAGAGGGAGCACGACAUCAUCGACGACUUCCGAGACGUAGAACAUCAGCUCCGUCACUUUGCGCGGACGUGUACUUGCGGUGAUGUGUCGACAUCGCCAUCGCACGGUAUCAAAGGGGCAGCAAGUACCCCGACGGGUCUUCAGUCGCCGGAGCUUGGAUCAUCCUUCAUGUCGUUUGAUGUGGAGAGCUCCAAACAGACGGAAUACAAAGGUCUGCUUGGCGCGCCGGACGCUACAAGCUUCUUGCUGGAGGACUACAUGCAGCCAUCUACGCUACCCGCCACAAUAUGCCCAAUACAAACCCUCCUCGACCCUGGGUUGCCGUUCUGGGACGGCACCACAUGGAGGCGCUACACUGAUCCAUCCUCUGCGACCACAUCAACAUUAGGAUUGACAUUGGACUGGACCGGCACUCCGGCACUCACCAACGCGUCGACAGCUUCGACAGCCCGAAGUUUACCAGAAGUCGACAGCGAUGGCGUUGCUGAGGUGUUGUCCAGCGACGCAGAGGUCGGGGAGCCGGCCCCAUUAGAACCACACCAGUCAACAUCGCCCAAGUCAAUCACCUCCGUCACCUCCGUCACUACAACGCCGCCGCUCGCGAACUCGCCAAUCGAGGUCUUGAAGGGCAAGCGCAGUCGGCCUCAGGUCCCAGGCUCCUCACCCACCACACGCGAGUUGUGCUCGCUGAUGCCCGCCGCGCCGACACCUGCGUCGCGCUCCCGUCCAUUCGCUGGUCCAUCGAGGUUGCGUAACCCUUCUCCAGCGUCCACAGUAGCUGAAGGCAGCGACACCGAGGCUGCGUCGGUGUCCACGUCCAGAGCACGCCCAUCACGCGUGCCGCCCGUGUUCCCCGCUCAUCUGCUCCUGGCAGAUAAGAAACAGGAAUGCAGGCUGCAUGAAGACGGUGGCCUCUUCGACGAGGACAUAGACGGAAGCAAGGGUGACGAUGACGACGGCGACGAUGGUGCAGACGAGGGUUGUGUGAGCGGUGCCAAAAGGUCUCGGACUAAGCGUGCGAGGUCGACAAGUCCCUCAGCCACUCGUUCUCGUGGGCCAACGUCGCGCGACACCAAGGCAAGAAAGACAGCGCAUCCUCAGGGGCCUGGCACGUCCCGAUCCCACCGACACGCCCGUCUAAGUGACGAUGAUCACGCAGCUGACAGUCUCGACGACGACGGGAGUACCUAUGGCGGCGAGUCCAGUCGUUCUCCCCGAAAGAGCAACCCGCGAGCUCAGCCGCCACGAGAGCAGAAGCGCAAGGCCUCUGACGACGAAUACCUCGACGAUGCGCUGCCCGCCAAGAAAAGCAAGCGAGGGCACAAGAAGACUCGGAGUACCAAGGCGACGAAAAAGUACGCAUGCACGCGCCCAGGAUGCACCAGAACCUACACUCGGAGAGGUGACAUGAAACGCCACCGAGAUGGUUGCGGCAAGAAGCCCAAGCCGGCGUACUUCUGCGACACUUGCGGGAAGGGCUUCCUUCGCAAGGAUGCGAUGAUGCGGCACAGCAGGAGCGAGAACGGAUGCAACAAGUAUCGGCGCAGGCUGAAGAAGCAGGCGUCGAAGCGUAAGCGAGCGGGGCUUCGGGACGACGACGAGGUUGGCACCAGCAGCGUUGCAAGUGGGAGUCGAGGCGGUAGUAGUCGACAAGUGGUCGAUUGGGACGAGAUCGAAGAUGACGACAGCGAGACCGACAGCGAGACCGACAGCGACACUGACACGGAGGACGAGGACUAG